GUCAUUUUCAGCGGCGGUCCUUACAGGUGCGCUUGGACGUUGUGCGUUAUUUUGCGAGCAACAGUAAAUGCGUGUUUACUACGUGAAUCCAUGAUGUAAGCGUUACUGCGCGACUGUGGCUCAAUGGCUCUGCACCCCAGUCUGUAAAAACCGUGAAACUGGGACAUGCAUUCACUUUAACAGAGCGGACCAACAAGCUGAUGUAGUCUGUAGCAGAUCCAGGGGAAGGGGGGGGAAAAAAAUCGACGGUUUGGCGUUUCAGGAACACCAGCGGAUCCCCGGACACAUCAGAGGUGUGCGUGUGUGACAGGAUUCUGCCUUUUCGCAUGAAGGAAAAGCGUAUUUGUAUGACAGAUGUGCAAAAGUCAGGUGUCUCCUAAGACCUGCACCUUGUUUUUUCAUUCUUUUGUAAGCUGAUUUUCGGCCAGAGCCUGAGAAAUGCAGCCUCUACCUGACAGAUGUGUGGCACCACAGCUGCAGCCUACAGAGUGUGUGUCCUGUCUACCUGCUGCUGAUCUGCUGUGAUUGGCUGUGGAAGACGAAGCCUGAUUCAGCUGCAAAAUAUCAACAUCUGCCACUUCAAACACAACACACAAGAGGGACCGAGGCUGAUCAAAGCACCAGAAGCCAGUCAGUACCUCUAGACGAUGACUCUGGCAAUAUCUCUUGCUUGAAAAUCAGCAUGAGAUAACUGUGGACCGCCUUAGUAACAGCUGAUUCAAGCUUUUCUGUUCAGCGCUAAUAAACAAUGCUUCAGUGUGUCAGUUGACUGGCAGAGUUGCAGUGGUGUUCUAGUCCAGGACAAAGCCAGCAGCUGAACUACAGACACCACAAAGGAGAUGGCUCGUCCUGGAUCAGGGUUGCUGGUGCCCGUCAAUGGUCUGGGGUACCCUCCUCAGAACCUGGCCAGGGUGGUGGUCUGGGAGUGGCUGAAUGAACAUGGGCGCUGGAGGCCCUACAGUGCAGCAGUUUGCCACCAUAUUGAGAAUGUCCUGAAGGGGGACGCCAGAGGAACCGUGGUUCUGGGGCAGGUGGAUGGUCAGCUCUCUCCUUACAUCAUUGACCUGCAGUCCAUGCACCAGUUUCGGCAGGACACAGGUACCAUGAGACCUGUCCAGAGAAACUUCUAUGAGCCUUCGUCAGCUCCAGGGAAAGGUGUGGUGUGGGAGUGGGAGAACGAUAACGGUUCGUGGACACCGUAUGACAUGGAGAUUUGUGUGACCAUCCAAAACGCGUAUGAGAAGCAGCACCCCUGGCUGGACCUGACCUCUCUGGGCUUCUGCUACCUCAUCGACUUUAACAGCAUGUCUCAGACCAACCGGCAGAGCCAACGCAAGCGACGCCUCCGAAGACGCAUGGACUUGGCAUACCCCCUUAUCAUGGGUUCCAUCCCCAAGUCCCAGUCCUGGCCUGUAGGAGCCAGCUCGGGGCAGCCUUGCUCCUGCCAACAAUGCAUCCUGGUCAACAGUACGAGAGCGGCCUCGAAUGCCAUCCUGGCCUCUCAGCGGCGUAAGCUCUACGGAGGCCAAGCAGGCAACCCAGGCGCCACAGGAACCCUUACUGUAGUGCGGCAAAGCAACACCUUUGCCGGUACCUCCCUCUGGUCCCCCACAUCCGCCUCCUCCGGCACCAACAACAAUAACAUAAGUGUGGGAGGUGGACAAGCCAAAGCUGAACAGGUGCAGUUGCCCCUGUCCAAUGCCAACUUCCCCUGUUCCCCUGUGAUGCCAUCGCUUUCAUCCGCCCAUGGCCACCAUGCUCUCACCAUCAACGGACAGAACAACCUGAACCGACCGGGCACCCAGCGCAUUUCCAUGGGCACUGCCAGAGGAGCCAUCCCACCAGGGGUUCCUGCUCUCCCAGUAAAGAACCUGACUGGAUCUGGUCCAGUGCACCCAGCAUUAGCAGGUAUGACAGGUAUCCUGAUGUGCGCUGCAGGUUUACCAGUCUGCUUGACCCGGGCCCCCAAGCCUAUACUGCACCCCCCACCCAUCAACAAGAGUGACAUGAAGCCUGUACCCGGGAUCAAUGGCAUGCGCCGCAAAACCAAGAAAAAACACCUGAGAAGAGGGAAAAACCCAGAGGAUGUUGUGCGAAGAUACACAGAGAAGAUUAAAGUGAUGCCAGACGAGGACUGUACCAUCUGCAUGGAAAGGCUGGUCAUGUCAUCAGGCUAUGAAGGCGUCCUGCAGCAUAAAGGCAUCAAGCCAGAGCUGGUGGGCAAGCUUGGCAAGUGUGGUCACAUGUACCAUCUGCUGUGCCUGGUGGCCAUGUACAACAAUGGCAAUAAGGAUGGCAGCCUUCAGUGCCCAACAUGCAAGACCAUCUACGGUGAGAAAACCGGGACUCAGCCUCCUGGGAAGAUGGAAUAUCAUGUCAUCCCUCACUGUCUGCCCGGCUACCCAGACUCCAAGACCAUUCGCAUUGUCUAUGACAUUCCUGCAGGCAUCCAGACCAAUGAGCACCCCAACCCUGGGAAGAAGUUUAGUGCAAGAGGGUUCCCUCGACACUGCUACCUCCCGGACAACGAGAAAGGCAGGAAGGUCCUGAAGCUGCUGAUCAUGGCCUGGGACCGACGCCUUAUCUUCACCAUCGGCACAUCCAGUACCACUGGAGAGUCAGACACAGUGGUAUGGAAUGAAAUUCACCACAAGACAGAGUUUGGCUCCAACCUGACAGGCCAUGGCUACCCCGACCCCAACUACUUGGACAACGUCCUGACAGAGCUGUCAGCUCAGGGGGUCGGUGAAGACAACUUGAAGGACUGAGGCCCAUCUGAGCUGGAACACAGGAACACACCCCACCAUGCCCCGCUGUGUCUCAGAGAACAGGGACACUGUAUGAUGGACAACUCCACACAAACUAAAUGACUCUGCUGUAGUAGUGGCACAGGAGCGACUAAAACAAAAUAAACAAUAAGGUUAUGAUCAAUAUUUUGAUUUAUAUAACCUGAGAAUCCCCCCCUGCAGACUCUUGAUCCAUGCCAAAUUUUCUAAGUGGGUUUAAGAAUGUGAGGAGGUGAGAUUUCUAUACUGAUGUUGCCCGCUGCAAGUAAAUGAUUGUUGACCCUGUUUAAGAUUGAAACUAAAAGUGGAAUAAAUGACCAAGGGCCAAAACUAUACAAAGGUGUAUUUGUAAAAGCUGAAGAAUUUCAGCCCUGACCCUAGUGAGAAUAAAACAGGUUCAGAAGGUGAAUGAACAAAGAAUUUCAGAUUGCAUGGCCCAGUCUAACGCUGCAUAGUGAAUGUCCAGCGCGUAUCUAUGAUAAAGUGUAAUGUCGAUGGAUCAGCUGUCGCUUAGAUCAAUUAAAAAUACAUUUAAGAGAAUGUCAGAAUUCCGAAUUUAUUAAAGGUAAUGAAUUGUUUUGCCCCCCCCCCCCCCCUUUUUUCCUCUAAUAAUCAGUGCUCAUCCCAUAACAAGUGUUGAAACAUGGUUUGGUGAAACAAAUGGAUUUUGGCUUUAAAAUAUGUAAACCUGAGUGGAUAAGGAUGUGGCUGGAAUAGGGUCUCGUGAUCCGACAGGUCAGGUAUUUUGUAAUAUGGAGUGUUAUGUGGUGCAUGAACUAGAUUCCAGAGAGCUGAAGGCUACGAAGCAUCUGUUAAUAAAUGUUUGUUGUGCAGUUAACCUUGAGGAUUGUCUACGAGAGGAAUUGUGGAAUUGAUACAACAAGCAUCUUACCAGGCAGUUUGAUGCUUGUUAAGAGGUGUUGAAAGACGAGGUUAUGUAGCAGGAUUUGCAACACACCAAGGUCAAGCUCAUUUGUUUUGUUGACACACUGAUGACACUGACCUCUGUGAAUAUAAAGCUUGCAUUAUUAUUCUCCCUGUUGGAGCAAACCCAGGCGCUGGCACGAUCCAUCAUGUUGACCAUGCGCGAGGGUGACUGUGUGUGUGUAUGCGUGCUCUGAGGCAUUAAUACACUGGCUUUAAGUCCUUGAGGAGAAAAACUGAACACGCUCCUCGCAGACGGAGGUUCCUCUUUCAGACUCUUUUACCUUGGAGAUCCAUCUGAUGCAGCGCUGCCCUCGCGCCUGCCUGCAUCUGUGAGUCUCUUGUGGGCUUGUUUGCUGUGCGCUGGUGUUCUGGGCUCUACCAGCAAGCAGUGAAGCCUCUCAUUCCCUGAGUGAGCGUACUCAAAGUUGUUAGGGUCGAUCCUGAUGUAUGGCCUCGCCCCCACUCACCUCCUCCUCCUCAUCCUCAGCAACCGCAGCAGCAGAGCACUUCAAUCUAGAAAUCAUGCAAAUGUGGCUCUAGUAUGUAGUUGGCUGAUGAUGCGUCACUGGGAACUAUUUUUCCUACAUUCUCCUCUUUCCCCCCUUUGGUUUUUAAGCCCCUGAGCAAACUGACUCACUUUCUGAAGGUCCUUGGUGGAGAUCUUGUGAUGUUUCUUUACGCGGAGAUAAAAGAUAAGCUAGGGCUGCAUAAUUCUCCAUAAAUAUACUUAUCUGAAGAUCUAAUUUUAAUGAGCGGUAAUGUUGAUUAGGUUAUCGUGUGGGCAUCCAGCUGUGGGCUUAAUUUGGAGUGAAUCAUAGUCUUCCAUAGCACUUUGAGGCAACGGUUUUGUUUAAUCAAUUUUUUUUUUUUUUUUUUGGAAAAUGUCUUAAAUUGUAUUUGCAACUGAAUUGUUUUUUUUUUUAAGUUGAUGUUUAUAAUGCUUGCAAUGCUUUGGAAAAUAUAUAUAAUAUACCUUUGCAAAUGUGAUAUAUGUACCUUUAAAUUGAAGCUCAAUUUGAGUCUAUGUGUAAGUUUAAUUUAUUUUUAUACUCUUAUAUAUAAAAAAAAAUAUAAAGAUACCGACUGGCCCAGAUAUCUAUAUACCGGCACAUAUUAACAUGAAUACAUAAAAUCUGGCAAAGAUACAUUUGUCAGGGUCAGGGACUGUUGAAAUAUGUAUGACAUGUUAUGGACGUCUUAUAUACAAGUAGUCUUAGCGUAUGCUGCUGUCGUUACCUUAAUGUAGAAUCUGUGUAGUUGAUCCUCUGUGGGUCUCCAAUAAAUACAGUAAAUGUGUCUUUAUUAUUGGUGGGGGAGCUUUAGCAGCAUGAAGAUGGCUGUUCCUCCAAAUGGGCCAUUUCUCUUUUUCUACUGGACACAGUAAGCAAUUUUUUUCAGUGUGAAGGUGAAAACAGCACGCCUGGGUUAAAAAGCAACUGCAAAUCAGUCUUACCUGUUUUUUAAACUGAAGGAGCAAGGAUCAUACAUUAUAUAUUCAAACAAUUUUUUCAGUUUUUUGCCAACUUUAUGGUACCUCGACAGGAUACUUAACCAAAACAACACUUACAAAUUCUGACUGUGAAUUUUGAAGUGUAGUUUUGACCCAGGUGUUGAAAGCAGUCACUGUUUGGCUCAUUUCAAGUUUUCUCCUUCGCUACUUUUUGACACCCUUAAUAAAAUGGAAUCGCAAGACAGAACGCCUCCAAUCUAUCAGGGAAAUUUUUCCAUGUUGAGUGAUGUCUUCUUCUGCUUCUUCGACGUUUCCGUUUCCACGUGUCAGUCUUAUAUAUGAGCGAUGCAGGCCCUUUAGACUUAUCAGGUGUGUACAGAACUAUAUGGAAUGAUGAUUUGGUGUUUGUCUGAAUAAGCAAGAGAGACGGUGUUUAUGCAAUUUACUAUUUUGAGAUAUAUAUAACAUGAUUUAUGUGUAGCAACAAGGCUGAUUUUUGGUUUUAAAUGACAAUGGAUGUUUUCUUUAUGGGGUGCCUACCUCCAAGUUUUUAAACAAAAGGGUUGAGAUCUGAGGAUGUCCACAUGCAAUGUAUUAGAAAACAUAUAUUUUUGAUGUCUUUUUUGAAUUAUUGUCCUUAAAAGAACUAUUACGUAACAUUGCUGUUUUGCUCUUAUCAAUAUUUGUUCCAUACUAUUUUCUAUUUCAUUAGAAGUGAGAUAAGAGGAGAAACCAUUUGUCCUGGCCUAUGAAGUAUUUACAGAUGUAUUCUCUCAAUGUCCACCGCAAACUGUACUUCUUGCUCUUAAUGCUACCUUAACAUUUGGUGUGGGUAUACGGUAUGUUUGUACCUGUGAGAACAUGUGUGGAUGUGUGCUGAGUGUGGCUAUAGUGCACAGAAUUUAGGUUCAUGUCCUUUAAAGAUACAGUAAUGUUCUCCUAGAGGUGCAUGUUAACCAAACUGUGAGCAAGUUUAUUGACAUUGAAUAAUAGCUUUUGUGUAUGAAAACAUCAUAGCUUCAUUAGAAAUAUCACCCAGGUCUUCUGGUGAUUUAGCACUGUGGUCUGCAUCUUACUCCGGUUAGUUAGACAGGGUUUAAUUUACACAGAUAAGGAUGAGACAGCGUUUGGCUGCUCUCCUCAGUCUUUUGAACACAUGUAAAACAUAGGGUUGUUUUGCAUUUUAAGUGCCCAUUUUAAUUGACAUUUUCAAAUCAUGACUUUGAGGUUUAUUUCUCCUAAGCAGUGUCUACAUAUUGCUAUUUAAAAUGGUUCACCAAGAGAAUCUAAGAUCAACUAAAAGCAAGAUAUAGAGACAUUGAUUAAACUAUAAAGGGCUUCUUAAUCUAAUCAGUCUUUAUUGAAUUGUGAUGACCUUGUUGCAUGUUUGUGUGUUUCUUGUGGAAAAUAAAUGUGCCCUCAUCAGGGGUAAUUUGUUUGA